AUGUCGUCUGCUGCUGAGAAUGGAGACACGGCACCUGGGAAACAAAAUGAAGAGAAAACCUAUAAAAAGACUGCAUCAUCUGCCAUCAAAGGUGCUAUUCAGCUGGGAAUAGGAUACACAGUGGGUAAUCUCACCUCCAAGCCAGACCGAGAUGUUCUCAUGCAAGAUUUUUAUGUGGUGGAAAGUGUGUUCCUGCCCAGUGAAGGGAGCAAUCUGACCCCAGCACAUCACUACCCAGACUUCAGAUUUAAGACAUAUGCUCCGCUAGCAUUCCGAUAUUUCAGAGAACUUUUUGGUAUCAAGCCUGAUGAUUACUUGUAUUCCAUAUGCAGUGAACCUCUAAUAGAGCUGUCUAACCCUGGAGCCAGUGGAUCCUUGUUUUUUGUGACCAGUGAUGAUGAAUUUAUCAUCAAAACAGUUCAGCAUAAAGAAGCAGAGUUUCUUCAGAAGCUACUGCCAGGCUAUUACAUGAAUUUGAACCAGAAUCCAAGAACUCUUUUGCCAAAAUUUUAUGGACUGUAUUGCAUGCAGUCAGGGGGCAUUAACAUCAGGAUUGUGGUGAUGAACAACGUUUUACCACGCUCCAUGAGAAUGCACUUCACGUAUGACUUGAAAGGCUCAACCUAUAAGCGAAGAGCAUCCAGAAAAGAGAGAGAGAAAUCUAGCCCCACGUUUAAGGACUUAGAUUUCCUGCAGGACAUGCAUGAAGGAUUGUAUUUUGAUACAGAAACAUACAAUGCACUCAUGAAGACACUUCAGAGAGACUGCCGGGUGCUGGAAAGCUUCAAGAUCAUGGACUAUAGCCUUUUGCUGGGAAUCCACAUCUUGGACCAUACCCUCAAAGAAAAAGAAGAGGAAAUUUCUCAAAAUGUGCCUGAUGCUAAGCGGCCUGGGACGCAAAAGGUUCUCUACUCAACAGCAAUGGAAUCCAUCCAGGGUCCAGGGAAAUCGGGAGACGGAAUCAUCACAGAGAACCCAGACACAAUGGGAGGCAUUCCAGCUAAAAGCCAUAAGGGAGAAAAGCUGCUUUUAUUUAUGGGCAUUAUUGACAUUCUGCAAUCAUAUCGGUUAAUGAAGAAGUUGGAACAUUCCUGGAAAGCUCUUGUUUAUGAUGGGGACACUGUUUCGGUUCAUAGACCCAGCUUUUAUGCAGACAGAUUUCUAAAGUUUAUGAAUUCCAGAGUUUUCAAGAAAAUUCAAGCUUUGAAGGCGUCACCUUCUAAGAAACGGUGCAACUCCAUCGCCGCCCUGAAGGCAACCUCACAGGAGAUUGUGUCCUCAAUUAGCCAGGAAUGGAAGGAUGAGAAGCAUGAUUUGCUUACUGAAGGGCAGAGUUUUAGCAGCCUUGAUGAAGAAGCACUGGGAUCCCGACAUAGGCCAGAUCUGGUGCCUAGUACUCCAUCGCUGUUUGAAGCUGCUUCCUUGGCGACCACAAUUUCAUCUUCUUCCUUGUAUGUCAAUGAACAUUAUCCACAUGACAGGACUACGCUUUAUUCAAACAGUAAAGGGUUACCUUCCAGUUCCACCUUUACCUUGGAAGAGGGGACCAUCUACUUGACUUCUGAGCCAAAUGCUCUGGAAAUGCAAGAUGAUAAUGCCUCCGUGCUUGAUGUCUAUUUAGAAAAAAAGGGAGGGAUGGAAAUGAGCCUAGAAGUGAGACCUCAGAAGAGGAACGUCUCACCCCUGACACCCUCGGCACAGCACUCUAAAAAGCCACCCUCCAAAACUUAG